UGCAGUCAAUAUUGCACCGAAUUCAUAAGCGUCAAAAGUUAAAACCAGAAGUGGCGUUUUGUGAUCAGAACCCCUUUUAUCAGAGAUGAAAGGAAUUGAUCUCUUCUGUGCAUCACCAGCCUCAACGGCCAUAUGUGUGAGCAUGGAGAAAAGCUCUGUGGUUCUACAAGGUGGCCGGGCCAUCGAUCGCCACAAUUACCCUCUUAGAGACGCAAGAAGAAGCACCAGAGGUCUUCUUAAUCCAUCAUCCUCAUCCUCAUCUUCCUCUCACUCUCAAUCUCAACCACCCACAAAUUCCAAAGCUUACCCUAAAAAUCAAAACCAGAAGAAGACUGAUAAGAAACGCUCUGCUAAGGCUACCAACCUCAUCACCCCACCUGGUUCCUCCAGAUAUCUCUUGGGCGAAUCCUCUUUCUUGGAAGUUUAUUCGGAUUUUGACCCAAUCCCAGCAUGGAUUCCUUCUGAACCUUCAAGGCCUCUUUCUCUCAACCUUGAUGAUUCCCCUGCUUUGAAACCUCCUUCUUCUUCUUCUUCCUCCUCGAUUACCUCUUCAUCUCUUACAUUAAAACCUUCUUCUUCCUCAACUCCCUCACUUCCAUCUCCUGCUUUAAUACCUUCUUCUUCUUCAACUCACUCCCGUCACCAGGUUGUGGUUUUGAGGGUGUCAUUACACUGCAAGGGCUGUGCAGGGAAAGUGAGGAAACAUAUCUCUAGAAUGGAAGGGGUGACAUCUUUCAGCAUAGACUUUGCAACAAAGAAGGUGACAGUGAUCGGAGAUGUGACGCCAUUGGAUGUCCUCGCGAGUAUUUCAAGGGUUAAGAACGCACAAUUCUGGCCGUCUCCAUCGCCGGCGCCUGUCCCGUUAUUGGUUGGCUCGACUUCCGGACAGAAUCGAGGAAGAACAAUAAUGUAGUUU